AUGUCGCCUGACCAGUCCGACGCGUCCAGCCCUUCCUCUUCUUCCGGGGGCUCUCCCACCCCGCCUACCCAUAUCUCCCUCCGAGAAUGGGUGAUCGCAAACAGUUUCACCAUCAGAGUAGAAGCCCCAGACCCCGCCGCCCAGGAAGAGCGCAUCAAGCGCCAGCUUCGCCAGGAAAUUGUGAUGCUCUGGAAGAGAGUCUGGCUGGGCAUCUACCGCCUCGAGGGCCUGCACGGACUCACCCACUCCUACUGCCUCAGAAGACUCUACAUCGGAGCCGGCCUGGAAAUCGACCUCUGGGAGUCACCGAUGGAGCAAGGCACUGCCAAUACCAGAGAGUACGGCUGGAACAGCGGCGUCUACUACCUGAAGCUUUACAACAACGUUUCCAUCGCCACCCUCGGCGCCGUCGUCGAUCUCAUGACCGAGUAUGGAACUCAGGUGGCGGCCGUGGACAGAGCGUAUGAGUUGCUAGAGCGUCACCAGAGAGACGCGUAUGUCGACGCUGCGAGCGGUAUCAGAUUCAGGGCCCCCGAGCCGAACUUGCAGGUUGAGUGGAGUCGUCUGUCGGCUGCGCUGCGCGAUAACCUGUGGCAGUUCCAGCUUCGCACGGGCGUCAUGAAUCAGCUUAUCUUUGAUGAAGCCGUGAGAUUGCACCGUCAGAAUCCUACUAGGGCGCUACGGGGCUGGUUUGUGCGUGAGAGGGCGUUCCCCAACGGACGUCGUUAGAGUGAUGAAUCUUAGGGAUGGGGGGACUGUUGAGCUGCUUGUUCUUCUCGUUUCCGUUUGUUUUUUGCUGGUUUUUCCUUGUUGUGCUGGUUUGUCUUUUUGUCUUUUUGUUUUCUUGUCUCUUUGUUUUGUCCAUUUCCAUCCUGAUCAU